CUCAUGAAAUUAGGUCUUAAUCAUCUAGUUAGUUAGUAGUAAACGGUGAGGCCUCAGUGAUAUUAAUUAUCCUGUUGUGAUUUGUACUGUAUGCACAUUUUCUUUUUGCUCAGUGUUGGAUUCAAAGUCACCAAAUGAUCUGAUGAUUCUCCUGAAACCAGCAGAAUGACGUGUGAUUUUGUUCAGGACUUUCACACCAAAGUCCUGCUUCAAGAGUAAUUCUCACAUGUGGUGUUUAAAUACUUGUGAGCUGCUUGGACCUGGAUAGCUACAAUUACUCUUGGUUUGAGUUGUAAUUGUUUGGAUGGUGUGAACGCUGUAUUAGAGACAUUUUCAAUCUGUGUGGAAUAAAACAUUCUUAUUAGAGAUUGACGUUUAAAUCAGCAAAACAAAUAAGGACAGAACUUAACAUGUCACCAGCUUCCUAGGUAAAUGAUAUGGUGCAUUCAUGUCCUGUGGGAGUAAGAGUUACAUUCUGAAUUUAACCCGUUUUAAUCCGAAAAUACUUCAAACAGUCAAAACAAUAUUUGAAAAUGUAAUUUCUGCUACAGCAGUGAUUCAUUUCUCUAUUCUCCCUCUAAACCAAGGAACCGUGUCUGAACCCAGACGUCUCAAGAAGAGUUGAUUCGAUCAGUGUUUUCAAAUGAGAAAUGAGCUGGAGUUUAGAAAAGGGUUAAACACACAGCAUGAAACCACUUCCUGGACUGAGUCAAAGCCUGAUGCCCCUCCCUCUUCUUCCUGCUCUCAAACACAGCCAGCUCCACUCUGUUCAUGUGUUUCCUUGUUCCCUCCCUUCAGAUCUACAGUUUGAAGAUGGGUGGAACCAACAUGUGGUGAAGUGCGAGAGCUGACAGGCCCCGUUCACUGCAGAGACACAUGUUGUUGAGAUCAGAGCUCAAACUAGUUUCAGUUCUGAGGAAGUGAAACUCAGACAGUCGUUGUCACCGAGAGCUGAAAUGGCGCAGAAAGGAGAUCAGCUGGACCGGGAGACCUUCUCUUGUUCCAUCUGUCUGGAUCUACUGAAGGAUCCGGUGGCUCUUCCCUGUGGACACAGCUACUGCAUGAACUGUAUUAAAAGCUUCUGGGAUGGAGAGGAUGAGAAGAGAAUCCACAGCUGCCCUCAGUGUAGGCAGACCUUCACACCGAGGCCUGUCCUGGUGAAAAACACCAUGUUAGCAGCUUUAGUGGAGCAGCUGAAGAAGACUGGACUCCAAGCUGCUGCUGCUGAUCACUGCUAUGCUGGACCUGAAGACGUGGCCUGUGAUGUCUGCACUGGGAGGAAACUGAAAGCUGUUAAAUCCUGUCUGGUUUGUCUGGUCUCUUACUGUGAGAAUCACCUGCAGCUUCAUUAUGAUGUAGCUCAGCUAAAGAAACACAAGCUGGUGGAGCCCUCCGAGAAGCUCCAGGAGAACAUCUGCUCUCGUCACGAUGAGGUGAUGAAGAUGUUCUGCCGCAGCGAUCAGCAGUGUAUCUGUUAUCUCUGCUCUGUGGAUGAACAUAAAGGCCACGACACAGUCUCAGCUGCAGCAGAAAGGACUGAGAGGCAGAGAGAGCUCCAGCUGAGGCGACAAGAGAUCCAGCAGAGAAUCCAGGACAGAGAGAAAGAUGUGAAGCUCCUUCGACAGGAGGUGGAGGCUAUCGACGGCUCUGCUGAUGAAGCGGUGGAGGACAGUGAGAAGACCUUCACCGAGCUGAUCCGUCUCAUGGAGAAAAGACGCUCUGAUGUGAAGCAGCAGAUCAGAUCCCAGCAGGAAACUGAAGCCGGUCGAGUCAAAGAGCUUCAGGAGAAGCUGCAGCAGGAGAUCGCUGAGCUGAAGAGGAAAGACGCUGAGCUGAAGCAGCUCUCACACACAGAGGAUCACAGCCACUUUCUACGCAACUACCCCUCACUGUCACGACUCAGCGACUCUACAGACUCGUCCGCCAUCGAUGUCCAUCCUCUGAGAUACUUUGAGGACGUGACAGCAGCUGUGUCACAGCUCAGAGAGAAACUACAGGACUUUCUGACAGAGACAUGGACAAACAUCUCACUGACACUGACUGAAGUGGAUGUUUUACUGUCACAACCAGAGCCCAAGACCAGAGCUGACUUCUUAAAAUAUUCACAGGAAAUCACCCUGGAUCCAAACACAGCAAACACAGUUCUGUUAUUAUCUGAGGGAAACAGAAAAGUAACAUGGAGUCAACAACAGUCUUAUCCUCGUCAUCCAGACAGAUUCACUUUAUGUCCUCAGGUCCUGAGUAGAGAGAGUCUGACUGGACGUUGUUACUGGGAGGUGGAGAGGAGAGGAGGAGGAGUUUCUGUAUCAGUCUCAUACAAGAAUAUCAGCAGAGCAGGGAGGGAAAGUAGAUUUGGAUUCAAUGACAAAUCUUGGUCGUUAGAUUGUGAUCAAAACAGAUUUUCAUUUAGGUUCAACAACAUCAGAACUCCAGUCUCAGGUCCUCGGUCCUCCAGAGUAGGAGUGUACCUGGAUCACACAGCAGGUGUUCUGUCCUUCUACAGCGUCUCUGAAACCAUGACUCUCCUCCACAGAGUCCAGACCACAUUCACUCAGCCUCUCUAUGCUGGACUCAGGCUUUCCUGGUGGGAUGGACACACAGCUGAGUUUUAUAAGCUCACAUAGAUAAAAGUCCAGAUUUGUAUUUCAUUCCUAAAGUUAUUGUGUCUCCAUCAUUGUUGCUAAAAGCUGGUUGUUGUGUUUGUGCGCUGCACAGAGAUCACCUGUCAAUCAAACAUCAUGGGUGGUGCUUUGAGCUCUUCUCAUUUCUUGUGGUGUCGAUGUAGGAGUGACUUUAGGCCGAGCUGGAGCCAUGGAGGAUAUCACUGCUCAUGAUGAUGUUAGUUUGAGCUGAACUCACAUUUCUCCACAUGAGAACACAAACUUCUCUGUGCUCUGAGUGUUUGUGUUGAUGUGUUUGUCUGUUGUUGUUUGGGUUUGAACAGAGAAAUCACCAGACCUUUCUUUAUCACAGAUGUUUUGUUCUCAAUGUGUAAAGACAGAAAUCUAGAAUUACAUUUACAUUCGUGUGUUUGUCAGAUCAGAUGUUGUUGUUGAAAUCCACUCACAAUAAGGUCUAUGAGGUUUGAUCAAAGUGUCAUUAUCAUGAUAAUAAUCAAUGAGGAGAUGAGUCAUUAUUUUCUUUUCCCUCUCUGAGAUUCAUGUGAAACAAACAAAGUGAUUGUGUGGAUGAAGUGAAUCUGUUUAUGGAAUCACUCAAUAAAGCCAUUUUUCCUAAAGAAUAAAUCAAAUAUUUUCUUCUGUCUUCAUUCCAGGAUCUGACUCAAAACUGACGGAGGAAAUGUGAAACUAAUUUAAGAGUUCAUGUUGAGAACAGAAGAACAUCUGUCAGUCAGUCUCUGUCCUUUCAGCUUCCUUCACUACAACAGCUUCGUCAAAGAGAAAUGAGCAGUUUUCUUUCACUUGAUGCGUUUUUAAAACCAAGAUUUUGUU